AGAGGGGCAGACGUUAAGCGGGCGGAUAGAGCGCGCAGACGAGGGUGAACAACGCAAAAUGGUUCCAAUAAGAUGGAAGGUGCUGCCCAUUGGCGAGGCCCAAACCCUACUCAGCCGCCAGAUUAAAACUGAGGAGGGCCUGGAGGUUGAGGUCAAGGUGGAGGAGGAGUGGGAGGAGGCUCAGGCCCAGGCCCAGGAGAUUGAGGCCAAAGUGAAGGAGGAGCAGGCCGAGGUGGAGGCCCAGGCCCAGGCCCAAGCCCAGGUCCAGGCCCAGAUCCAGGAGAUUGAGGUGAAGGAGGAGGAGGCCCGGGUCAAAGAGGAGGAGGACCUGGAGAUUAUGGUGAUUGGGGUCAAGGAGGAGGAGGAGGACCAUGAGGAGGUGUAUCGUGUCCGCAGCAUCGCCCCACCCCGGACUAAGAUGCCUCGGAAGAAGAAUUACAGAAUUGUCAAUCCAAAUGCCCCGCCUGGCAUAGCUAGAACUCACCUUGAAAUGAAUUUCCCUGUCAUGCCCGAGUCUAAGAGUGAUCUUAAAAAUGGACACAUCUUGUACAUGUAUACCUCAUUUGGUAAAAGUCUGGCUGAAACUCAGAAAUGGUUGACCUCACAUUACUCUUUGCCGGAUGCCGAAGGGUAUUCAAUUGGUGCUGUUAUGUUAAAGGUGAAGAGUCUCAUUACCCGGACUUUGCUUAAGUUUAAAAAACUUAGCAGUCCCAAGGAACUUGGAGCAUUUACGGAAAUUUGUAAUGAAACGUUUAAAUUUCCAGAAGGCAGUCAACGCAUUUCUUUACAUGACAUUCCACCGCCUGUUGCUCAAGAUCCUGAAUCCUUGACCCCUGCCGAAAUCCAAGUGCCCAUAUUUCCAGACACAAGAUGUACCAGAGAACUUCUAAGUCUUACACCAAGGGAACAGAAAAUGAAAAAAAGACUAAACUUUCUGUCUACAUCCAUCGUCGCUCUUACACUAAAGUAUCGCACAAAGAUCAGUGAACUUAGGGCACAGUUGAAAACUCCAAAACGUGUCGUUAAUCAAGCCUUAAAGAGAAAGCAAAACCAAAUAGAUACGAAGGACAGAAAGAUUCAGGAACUCAAAGCCAAAUUACGUGGGAAUACUUUGGCACGAGAGCUUGCUGAAACCAAGGCAGAGUUUUUGAAACUUCAGAAAGCACACAGUCAAUUGCUCAAGUUUCGUGGCAGUGAGAAAAAGGGGGAAACUGUUUCAAUUCACCAGUACAGAAAAGUUCAGGAAAAACUAAAGGACAGGGAAGAUGAGGUGAGACGCCUCAAAUUGGACAAUCUUGUCCUCAAAGAAGCAAUAGAAACUCUGGAGGCUGCCUGUAUUGCCAAGUCAAAUGAGGACCAGAAGACUUACUCCUCCACAACAAGGAUGCAUGCGUUUGACGGUGCAUCGUAAACAAAACACCCGCAGCAAACGUUCCAAUCCUGAUGAGUCAGUUCCACAAGCAGAGUGGACUUGAUCUGGAUUGUGUUCCUCCACACAGUGCAGUUGAACUCGGCAUUCGCAGCGAUUAUCUGAAUUUGGACUACUCCAAAUCAAAGAUCUUAUAGCGGAGCAAGAUAGACCACUCAUACGAAAUGCAACGGGCUGACAUGUAGUACGCUACGGAGUGGAUCGUGGGCAUUUUUUCCGUCCAUUCCAGUAACCGGAACCUACCCGAUCCGACUCGCAGCGUAAUCAACGUUGUGGGGGAACAGUUUGUGUGUGUGAUAUAGGGUUAGAUUCACAAUUCUGUUAGUUGUUUUUAAAGAAUAAAAUGUUAAUAAAAUUUGACACUGGUAAUUUUCUUUUUUAAUGAUUUUUAAAUCAUUUCUUUUAAAUGGCUCAUAUGCUGUGUUUGAGUUGAUUUUGUUUGCACCUGCACUCUGUAAUUCAUUCAUCUAAUCACACUGUUCACAACUGCAGUAUUUGGGAAAAUAAUAGCAAUAUGAAGAUUCCAGUUGCUCUAGCCCUGGAAUGUUACUUAAUGUUUUUGUGUCUAUGGAGUUGUUUCUCAACAAUAAAAAUAGGUCUGGUCUUCCCAAUAGCCAGAGAGUGGAAUGAGAUCUGUCUGUAAAUGGUGGGGUUAUCUAAAUUAAGUAUUUCACAAAAUUAAAUUUGUUUAAGCAAGAUUUACAAAUGAUGUAUAACUUAAGGAUGGUUUUAUUCAGCGAGCAUACAACUGAAUAGAUUGUGCUGGAAAGAACACAAUUACAUGAAUGUGAUAUAGAUGUAUAUAUUAAUAUAACACACACAUUUACAUUUCUUCCGAUUUUUAUAUCCAAUGAUGAACUUUAUUUCCUACAAGACAAGCGACAACAUUAAAUAAAAAACAUUGUAAACCUCCCCGCAACUUCACUUUGGUGCCUCGGCCGUGCUGAUCCAGGCCAGACUCCCCGCACGCUGUGGAAGGAACAUCUUUUUGCUUUUAUUGUGAUUUAUUUCUCUUUUUAACACUGAAUAUUUGAUAACGACGCAUUAGCAGCAUAUGGCACCAAUAUUGCACCAACCCACUCAAUUUUAAAUAAUUCAUAAUAGAAAUCCAUUAACAUGGUUAACACGUUAUUUCUGA